AGGAUGCUGGGGCUGGGAGGUGAUGGGCGGCCGCCUCCUCACUGGAGGGAUUCCUGGAGAAGCUGCAGUGUGGGGAUGCUCUAGACCGAGUACUGCCCCCAGUGUCUUUCCACCUCCUCCUGCAGCAGCGGCAGCGGCAGCAGCAGUUAGCAGCGGCAACUUGAGGCUGCACCCCGGGCAAGACCCCAGGGUGGUGCUCAGCCGAGAAGGGGCUCGGCGCCCCGAAGGGGUGUGUGAAGGGUGGGGGCGGCCAGCUGGGACCAGCUGGUGGCCCUGGAAAACCUCCCACACACCCACACCCACACACCCCUUUUGUGUUGCAGGCUGCCCCUCCAAGAGCGGAGGCAGCGAGAGUACGCGUGUGCCUCGCGCCGGUCCACGCGGGGAGAGCACUGCGGACCGAGACCCGGCACCACCUCCCGGUCCGCCCUCCAGGGAAAACAGGAAAACUAGCAAGAGCUAGCAAGAACUAGCAAGAGCUUGAACAAACGCCUGGACUCAGAUUGGAAGACUGCUCAUUUGUCUACUGCUUCAUUCCUGGAAAUCACACUGGAACUGCCUGAUUAAGAAAAACAAAAUAAUUCUGAAAGAAAGAGCACAAAGAAAAACAUACUCCAGAAUUCCUAAUAUAACACUUCUGGCAGCCACUGUUCUACCUUCAAUCUCUAUGAACUUGACUAUUCUAACUACUUCAUCUUCACCUGAACCUAAAAUGGUGAGCGAGAGUCACCAUGAGGCCCUGGCAGCCCCGCCAGUCACCACUGUCGCGACUGUUCUGCCAAGCAAUGCCACAGAGCCAGCCAGUCCUGGAGAAGGAAAGGAAGAUGCCUUUUCUAAGCUGAAGGAGAAGUUUAUGAAUGAGUUGCAUAAAAUUCCAUUGCCACCGUGGGCCUUAAUCGCAAUAGCCAUAGUCGCAGUCCUUUUAGUCCUGACCUGCUGCUUUUGUAUCUGUAAGAAAUGUUUGUUCAAAAAGAAAAACAAGAAGAAGGGAAAGGAAAAAGGAGGGAAGAAUGCCAUUAACAUGAAAGAUGUGAAAGACUUAGGGAAGACAAUGAAAGAUCAGGCCCUCAAGGAUGAUGACGCUGAAACUGGGUUGACUGAUGGAGAAGAAAAAGAAGAACCUAAAGAAGAGGAGAAACUGGGAAAACUUCAGUAUUCACUGGAUUAUGAUUUCCAAAAUAACCAGCUGCUGGUAGGGAUCAUUCAGGCUGCCGAACUGCCCGCCUUGGACAUGGGGGGUACAUCUGAUCCUUAUGUGAAAGUGUUUCUGCUACCUGAUAAGAAGAAGAAAUUUGAGACAAAAGUCCACCGAAAAACCCUUAAUCCUGUCUUCAAUGAGCAAUUUACUUUCAAGGUGCCAUACUCGGAAUUGGGUGGCAAAACCCUGGUGAUGGCUGUGUAUGAUUUUGAUCGCUUCUCCAAGCAUGACAUCAUUGGAGAAUUUAAAGUCCCCAUGAACACAGUGGAUUUUGGCCAUGUAACUGAGGAAUGGCGUGAUCUGCAAAGUGCUGAGAAGGAAGAGCAAGAGAAAUUGGGUGAUAUCUGCUUCUCCCUUCGCUACGUACCUACUGCUGGUAAGCUGACUGUUGUCAUUCUGGAGGCAAAGAACCUGAAGAAGAUGGAUGUGGGUGGCCUAUCUGAUCCUUAUGUGAAGAUUCAUCUGAUGCAGAAUGGCAAGAGGCUGAAGAAGAAAAAGACAACAAUUAAAAAGAACACACUUAACCCCUACUACAAUGAGUCAUUCAGCUUUGAAGUACCUUUUGAACAAAUCCAGAAAGUGCAGGUGGUGGUAACUGUUUUGGACUAUGACAAGAUUGGCAAGAACGAUGCCAUCGGCAAAGUCUUUGUGGGCUACAACAGCACCGGCGCGGAGCUGCGACACUGGUCAGACAUGCUGGCCAACCCCAGGCGACCUAUUGCCCAGUGGCACACCCUGCAGGUAGAGGAGGAAGUUGAUGCCAUGCUGGCCGUCAAGAAGUAAAGGAAAGAAGAAGCCUUUCUGCAUUUGCCCAUAUAGUGCUCUUUAGCCAGUAUCUGUAAAUACCUCAGUAAUAUGGGUCCUUUCAUUUCUCCAGCCAUGCAUUCCUAACACAAUUCAGUGGUACUUCAAAUCCUGUUUUAAUUUGCACAAAUUUAAAUGUAGAGAGCCCCUAAGUCCUUCAUCAUACCACUGCCCUCCAAAUCUACUCUUCUUUUAAGCAAUAUGAUGUGUAGAUAGAGCAUGACUGAAAUUAUUUAUUGUAUCACACCGUUGUAUAUACCAGUAUGCUAAAGAUUUAUUUCUAGUUUGUGUAUUUGUAUGUUGUAAGCGUUUCCUAAUCUGUGUAUAUCUAGAUGUUUUUAAUAAGAUGUUCUAUUUUAAACUAUGUAAAUUGACUGAGAUAUAGGAGAGCCGAUAAUAUAUUAUAUGGUAAAUAUAGUAUCGUCUGCAUUCCAGCAAAACUAUCAACUCGUAAGGCACUAGUACAGUUAAACUGAUAUCUUAAAGGACAACUUAAACCUGAGCUUUCCAAGAUAAACUUACACCACAUACUUGGUAGGUGAAUCCAAUUUUUUAAAAAUCCUGCACAGGCAAAAUAGAAUGAUCUGAGUAGUAGCAUCCAGGCUGACCUCAAGGAAGCAUAGCCACAAACCAGAAUAGCAUCUGUCUGUAUAUAUUUACAAAGCUAAAAUAAUGACUUCACUCUUACAUUUGAGAAAGCAACUGAACAGGAGUCAAUGAUUUCAUAUUACAAGGUGUUCCGUGUGUGUGUGUGUGUGUGUGCGUGUGUGUGUGUGUGUGAGUGAGUGUGGUGUGCACACAUUUGUUUGGGGAUAGGGAGAGAAGAUGCUGAGGGGAGAAGUCAACAUUUAUGAAAUAUUGCCUGACUACUUAAAAAGAAAAAAGUAGCUCUCCGUUAUCACCUUUACAUAAAAUGUGCAUCCUGUGAAUUCUGUUCCAGAUUUCACACUUAGAAUAAUUCCAAAAGGGUUGCACAUUAGAAUUUGUAACAAAAUAUUUUAUUAUAUAAAACCAGAUGAGAAGGAAUGCAGAAUAUUUUUAACACAGCAAUCUGUGCUUAUUACACAAAAUUACUUUGUGGUAAACAGACAGUAUUGUGAUCCCACCAAAAGACGAAAAAAAAAAAAAAAACCAACAACAAUUAGCCAUAGUUCUGAAUGCACUUCAAUUAAGCCAAAACAGACAGCUAGUGAUCUUUUUAUAUACUCUUUUUACUUUUAAGUUUCAAUUUGUCCUUUAAAAAAAGGUGAAACAAGAACAAGUUCUAGAAAACUGAAGCAACCUCUUAUGUAUACUAGAUGCUUGAUUUAGGAGGAGUUUUUAAAUGUUUUCAAUGUUAUUAUGUAGUAAAUGGCACUAUUAUGAAGCUACUAGUCAUUCCAUAAGAGUCUUAAAGGACUGCUCUGUGUAACACUGUGACUGCCGUGUGUGCUUAGACACGUAGUUUCCUCAGUGGAUAGCACUCAAUUUAUUCCGUAGUGAUAUUGUAACAAUACUGCCAUUCCCUUCUACUGCACUGCCCAAGGUGUGUGUAGCACAAACAGUUCUCAUUACAAAGGACCAAUUCAGAACUGAAAAGCUAUGCAUAGGACAAGGAAGAUAUAUAGAAUGGGGUGGAACACAGCAUUUUGUCAAGCACUGUGCAAUAUUCCAUAUUUUUCCCCACUAUGGUAGACAACCACUUUGUGGAAGGGCAGCCUGUUAUGUCACAUUGCAUCUACUCACUUUUCUCCCACUCACUUCUGUGACCUAUUUUAAUUUCUGGGCUACAGACAGUAGUGAUCCUCUGAAAUGAAAGUUUAUCUUCACAAAUACCAAAACAAAAUGGAGGAAAACUAAGCAUUGACCUCAUGUUCAGACUUCAGGAUAUCACACCAUGUCUUUUCAAAGACUAAAGAGAAUUCAAAAAGGGCUGAUGUAGGCUUUGAACAUGGGGCUGGCUGUUUCCCAGAAAAUCUGGAAUUCCUGUCAUUACUCUUUCCUUAUCAAAGAAGGGGCAAAUGCUUUUGCCUUUUAGCCCAGACAUAGUAAACACUUUAUAAUUGGGACAGACACAAAAGACAAAAGAAAAAUACCAUCUCCUUCUGCUAAAGGUCCAUACAUCUAAAAAACAUAGGUAAUAGAAAAUAUACACAAGUCAGAUUGUGAGAUUAAAUAAUGGCUUGAACAGAAAAUUCAAACAAGACUCUUUUCAAUUUAAAGGAACAAACCCUUCCAAAGAGAGGGAGUUGAUUGGCUUUUAAAAAUUAUUUAAAUAUCAGAAAUGACAUUUAAUUUCACUGUCUUCAGCUUUAAGUUGUUCACAAUGAAACAACACCUUAAAACAAGCAGGUUCAAGCGGCUGAGCAGAUAUUAUUUCUUGCAUUAAAGUACUGCUAAUGUAUUCUCCUGCAACACUGCCAGACAUGGGAUUGUCACCAUAGAAUUAGUUGGUACUAUGCCAUCUUUCACAAGUCAGUGAUGGAACCUGCUUUAUGACCAAGAUUCAUCCUCAAAUAAGCCACAUGUACCUUUCUGACAAAGCUGUGUAAAGUAUUAGAAUCCGAUACUCUAGAAAGAUCCUAGUUGCCUUUGUGUAUAUUUACUGCCUGCUUGAGUGUUUCUCUGUGUGGGUUUUUUCUGUAUCUUGUAGAAAUGUUGGGGUGUUUUCUUCUGCCAUAUGGCUCGUGGCCCGCGAGCCAACUACUUCAGCUGUAUUUUACCUUCAUUUUUGAUGAGGUGGUUUAAAUUUUGUUUCACUUUGUGUAGUGAAUUCCACAGUAGUUUUCUGAUUGUUGUUAAAAAUAACAUAUUACACAGAUAUUCAAUAAAAAUGUUUUAUUUCCUGUUGA